AUGUCAAUAACGCAAAUAUGUAGACGACUUGACGCCAUAUUGAAGUUUAUGACCCCCUAUUGGCCAUGGGUGAAUUGUCAUAUGGUUAAUUUUUUAACAGACAACCAUUGGCAAACAUUUGUCCCCGAAAAAUUGCAAGAAGAGCUCAAGAACCAAGAGUCCAUAGGUGAAUGUAUUGAAUCGAUAUUUUGGACUAACGAUGGCAAAGGUGGGCUUAAGUUUUCCCAAACAUUGACAUUUCUGCAAGAGACAGAAGCAAAUAGUUUGACCGCUUUCCCAGAAAUUGUCCUUACCAAGAAGGAAUUUGAAGAAACUGUUUUAAAAAUCUACCGACAAGAGGAAAACAUUGUAAGCAUAAAGGAAUUUUUGAGCGAGAAGAAAAGACAUGAGGUGGAAAUCACUGCCAGUUUGGUGAAUGAUUUAAUUCAGGGAACUCUAAGGGACCGCAAAAUACCGAUUAUAGUGGAUGCUGGCGAUGGUAAAGGAUACUUGUCUUCCCGUUUAGCUCUAGAAUAUGGCUACCAAGUAUUAGGCAUUGAUAGCAAUCCCACCAAUACAGAGAAUGCAAUAGAAAGGAAUAGAAAACUUAAGAAAGCCUGGAAUGGUCUUAAAGAAAGAGCUGAGCUGCAAUCUAAGGGUAUUACACCACCCAGAAGGGGAAGGCAAAAACAAAAACCUUUACCAACCGACGCAACAAAUGCUGGGGAUACAUGCAACAUGUUGGAUAACUACAAAACUAUGGAUAAAUUCAUAACCACAGAUUUGAACUUACCAAAUUUAAUAGAGCAAACUUAUCCAAAUGCUGAUAGAGAAUCCACGGUAUGCCUCACAGGCCUUCACACUUGUGGAAACUUGGCGGCAACCUGCUUAAAACUUUUUGAACAUCAAACUCAAUGCAAACUUGUUUGUAACAUUGGCUGUUGCUAUCAUUUACUAAGAGAAAUUUAUUCGGGCACAGAAUUUUUUGGCAACAAACAGAUAUCCGAUUUAAAUCAAGAAUUUGGUUUUCCUCUAAGUUCAUAUCUGCAGAGUAAACACCUAAAACUGGGUAGAAAUGCCCGCAUGUUGGCAGCCCAAUCCAUAGAUCGCACUCGAAGCAGUAAGGAACUACCCAAUAUAUCAUUGUUCUACAGAUCUUUGUUUGAGGUGUUGGUGUGUGAACAACGUCCAGAACUCAAAGACACCAUACAAGUUGGUAAACUUAAAAAAUUCAAUAAUUUUGGGGAAUAUGUUGAAUUAUGCAAAAAGAAAUAUCUUGUGUUACAAGACAUACCAUUAGAAAGGGUUCACACUCUGGCAGCGGAAGUGGAAAAAAAUAAGCAUUACUUGGAUAUGUUCUAUCUUCUACGUAUGUCCUUCGCCCCUGUUUUGGAAAGUAUAAUCCUUUUGGACCGUUUGCUUUUUCUGUUGGAAAAAGGCCAUGACAAAUCCUAUCUUGUAGCUGCGUUUGAUGCUGUAGUAUCCCCUCGCCGUUUUGCUAUAAUUUCAAUAAAAGAAUGACUUCAGAUGGUUUACCAAAUUUCCAUUUUUGUUUUUAUUUAAAAAUACAAGAAUUUAAUUCUGAGAAACUA